AUGAUUAAAUAUGUGUGUUUGCAGGAUUCUCCAGAAAAGCCCUGUAACCCAGUACUGUCUGAAGAGGCCAAACUGAAGGAGAGAUAUCCGAACCUGGGACAGAAACCCGGCGGCUCGGACUUUCUGAUGAAGAGACUCCAGAAAGGACAAAAAUACUUUGACUCUGGGGAUUAUAACAUGGCAAAGGCCAAGAUGAAGAGCAAGCAUGUGGUGACGGCCGGAGCGGAUAAGAACCUGGUGACAGGAGACCAUAUUCCCACACCGCAGGACCUUCCUCAGAGGAAAGCCACGCCGCUCGCCAGCAAACUGGCCGGAUAAACACACACACACACAC